AAUCUGUCCAAAGCCAUACUCCCACGUCCACGUGUACUUGGCCCAUGUCAUCAUGUUGUUCUCCCCACUAAACUGCCUGUCGUUCUUCUUUGUUUUGUCUCUUUAGUCCCAACGUUCUCAUUAAUCACAGACUCCUCCGAGAGUCUCUCAGUCAUUUUGUCGAACAGUUGUACUUCCUCUUUGUAGAUUCCACUCGGUCCCAUAGGCCAUAGCUGAGAGGUAAAGAUCUUAAGGCAAUCCUAAAGUCCCACUUGGAAAAGAUGCAGGCCGGUGACUUGUCCAGCGAAGAACCGAAGUUUCAAGUCCGUAGAUUACAGAUCUCAGACAAAAGCAAGGGUUUCAUAGAGCUAUUGCGGCAACUAACUGUUUGUGACUCUGUAUCUGACAAGGAUUUUGAAGAUCGAUUUCAAGAGAUCAGCUCCCUUGGAGAUCACCACGUGAUUUGUGUUAUUGAAGACGAAUGUUCUGGUAAGAUUAUUGCAACAGGGAGCGUGUUCAUUGAGAAUAAAUUUUUGAGGAAUUGUGGCAAAGUUGGGCACAUUGAAGAUGUUGUGGUUGACACCAAUGCUCGAGGAAUGCAAUUAGGCAAGAAAAUCAUUGCGUUCCUCAUGGAUCAUGCUUGUUUGAUGGGGUGUUAUAAGGUGAUUCUUGACUGCAGUUUGGAGAAUAGAGCGUUUUAUGAGAAAUGUGGUUUCAAGCAGAAAGAAAUUCAGAUGGUCAAGUAUUUUGUUUGAUUUGUUUGUGUUACUUCUUCCAUUGCAGUUUUGGUAGCGAUUGGUGUCUGAAUGUAUUUGGAGAUAUUUUUUCUAUUGGAAUGAGGAAAACCUCUCUGUGCAUUGUACACUGACGACUUGCUUUGGUUCAAGUUGAUUUUGUUGCUUCAUGCAGCAAAUCCUUUGUGGGAUACAGUUUGUGGUUAGUAUAAUAAAAAUGCAUAUUUACAAUUGUAAAAAUUUGGAUAUAUUAGAUUAUGCUGUUAAGUUCAA